CAAUGUUGCUGCUAGGAUGCCGCUCUGCGACUCAUUACGCGCAGGUCAAGCGCUCACAACCCUGGUUUAACAGAGCAAAUUUGUCUACCAGAACAGGUAAUGUGCGAUGCGGCAAUUAUGGCACCUCCGUUUCGUCCAAGGUAUUCGCGGACUACGUGCGCAAAUGCGGAGUGACCAAGAAGAGGCUUCACCAGCAACUCUAUCCACGAGACCAGGGGCAAUGCGCACCAAAGGGGGAGUUCCCCAUUGCAGUUGCUGUUUCGGGUGGCGCGGAUAGCAUGGCGUUGAUGCUGUUGCUAAGGGAGUAUCUGCAGGAGAACCAAAUCAAGACUCCGCUCCUAGCGGUCACAGUGGACCAUCAGCUGCGGAUUGAGAGUAGCAGGGAGGCGCUGGAGGUCGCCAGGAUUUGUGCCAAGCACGGAGGCAUAACUCAUGUUACCAAAGCUUGCGACUGGCACUCUGAAGAUACAGGACAGCAGGCAGGAGAAGGACACCAGAGUGAUUUGUUAACGCCGGUGAAACCAAGGGAUAGCAAGAUGGAGGAGCAAGCGCGGGAGUAUCGAUACAACUUGCUGCGGCAGGUGUGUUUGAAAUACCGUGUGCAGUGUUUGUUUGUGGCUCACAACCGCGGUGAUCAGCUUGAGACGACACUCUUCCGCCUCGGAAGGGCGAGCGGCAUUAACGGCCUAGCAGGGAUUGCAAACCAGUUGCCACUCUGUUCGCUCGAUGGAUUACCACAUCGUUCAACUUACAGCGGAGAGUUGGAGACAAACAGCAUGGUGACACUUGUGCGGCCAUUGCUCUCUGUUACCAAGGACAAGCUGAUGGCAACAUGCGAUCGAUUUCAGCAGCCGUGGAUACAUGAUCCGUCCAAUGAUGACCUUAAGUACGACCGCGUACGGAUCCGCCAGGUAUGCCAGCAAUUUCUAAGUAUAUGCGAACAACAGCAAGGUGGCCUAAGUAUUAUAACCUGAGCAGGAGUUGAAGCGGGUUGAAAGGGAGCAAGGGUCCGAGAUCCUGGACUUGUUCGCUAGGUUCCAGAUGACUGCUGAGAAAGCCAAGAAAGAGUUCGCACGAGUCGAACGAGCUAUGCUUCGCAAGUGCAUUGUUACUUGGGAAUCAGAUCUCGUCGUCCUACGCAUGGCUGUUCUCCACGACCCAAACAUGUUCGAGGAGCUAUUGUAUCGGCUUCUCUCGAUUGUAAUUGUGCACACCGGAAACAAGGAUACACCCCCGCGCUUAGCAUCCAUCGCUCGCCUUGUACGUGACCUGCAGCGUUUGGAUUUAGGGAAGCAGAUCACGUUAGGUGGAUGUCGGAUUAAACGCAUUGCAAAAGGCCGCCAACUAGAGAUACAGCCUGAACGCAAAAGAUGAAGACCGCGUAUAUCAUUGGUGCUUCUACAGCUU